UUUCUGGCGUACGGCUUCUGUGUCUUGGUGGGGAAGUCUAUAAACAUGAAAAAAGCUUUAACCAUCAUGAUUAUUUAAAUUAAAACAAAAAAAGGGGCUAACAGUAACGUGGAAUAGCAGUUAUUUCAAGGAUCCUCAAAAUAUCUUAACAAACAAGUACAUCUUCAAUAAAAAAUGAGAAAGAAAAAGGAGCUUAUUUUUCAUUUUCAAUUUAAUCUGAAGUUUCGGAAAAUCCUGUUGAAGCAUUACUGAGAUAAAGGUCAAUGUUCCCCUUUUAUGAUUCGCCGCCGUUCCAAAAGCAGAUUUGGGUGCUCUGUGCUCUCUCAGGUAUCAAAUUUCAAAUGUACAGUAGGGUAAGCCUUCGUUGAUUUUCGAAUAUCAUUUUCAAAUUGGUUUUUUCAUGGGUUUAAUUAUUGAAUAGAAACGUCGAUAGGAAAUCAAAACAAAAGGAUUAAUCAGAAAAUAGAGGUUUGCACUCUGCAGAUUAAUGGACAAGAAUCUUCUUACAUCAACUGCCUUAUGAUAGUGGCUGUGGCUAUAUUUACCUCGUUGUUCUUGGGAACAGUGAAACUGUUGCCUCAAUUCUUUUUUAUACAACGUAGGCCAUUGCUAAUACGCCUACGUUAUGUAACAAGAAGGCUGCUAACAUCGAAUGACUGCAUUCUAUGCAAACACCAUGUGUCUUUAGAAAGGCACGAUGUAAUAGUGAAGAGAUUAUGAAGAUCAGUGGAGAGGGAAAUGGUGAGAAGUAGACGAGCUUUGUAGCCGGAGUCAGUUCGAGUUACAUAAGACAGAAAUAGGAUAUAACAAAGAGGCGUGCCCGGAACUUCGCGGGGUCAGGGCCAGCCAGGCUCGAGAACAGGGAAUAAUUACUUAGAUAUGCAAUUUUUCCAACAAAAUCAGUACCGUGUGGUCAUCUACAUAAUCAAAACUAUUCGAAGCAGAAUUAGGGUGCAUGAGUUUGAAAAGUUUUCAAAGUUUGGGGGAUGUGAUACCCCCACACCCUUUGGCAUUUACGUACUUGAACUUCCGCACCCUUAAGCCAAGUCAAAAGGUAGGGGCAUACUGAUAGCGUUUGUUCUUUUAAAAAGCAUUGCGCAGAAAUAAGAGAAAUGGCAGUUACAAGAGAAAUGGCUAGUGAUGGGCAGUUACAAGGUCCUAUAUAUGAACAUAGCUGUUUUUAUGAGAAUAAAACCAAUCAUCAUCAAAAAGUCCACAGGCCUUUCAGUAUCCAAUCUUUUUACUCUGAGCAUGAACGUAAACCUUGGACAUUACACAAUAGCAAAUUCAGGUCAGAUGAACACAUCAUGUAUAAUCCAAACAGGCUCAUCUUUGUCAAGAUCAAAACUUAAACCACACUGACUCUCUCAUCCUCAUUGCAAAUAGAAAUUGGCGGCACAAUAGAUAUGGGACUUGCACUUGGUAACUAAGUAUCGUUUAUACUAUCUAUCGUCUUUAAAUAUCAUGUUACUCUACAUGGCCUCCUAUUUCAACAAAACUCUAGGACGAGCAAAUAUUACGCUACGUAGAAAGGGAUUAAAUUUUCGCCAAAAACCACAGUCCGCCUUUAUAUUGCAUUAAAAGAGAGAAAUAUAUUUUGGGGAUGCGAAAUCGUCUUAUCAUAAGAAUUGAUGUAAAAUGAUUGAUCAUCAAUGAUUAUAACAAAUGAACGAUGAUUAUCUUCAAUUGCAGCACAUCCUCAACUCAACAGCAUCCCAAACAUAGCUUUCUUUUCAUUUAUAAAAAAACUUACAUCCCCUAACAUCUACAGAACAGUUUUUUUUCUUCCAUAAGCAUCUGAUUUAUCUGUUUCCUAGGGAUCUUGUAUUCUCGUCCAUAACCAAAAUGAGAGAGCACGUUAGAUGUACCAUCACACCUGUUCCACUUUCCUGACCCAGUGAGUCAAUAAUACAACAUGAGUAUCAAAUAAUAACAGGCAUAAUGGAAAUGACCAUCCGGUUAGAAUGAACAAAGUUAAAAUAAACAAAGCACUUUAAACGGGUAUUUAAAAGCAGGUAUGGCAAUAAAUGAGCUGCAUGGUUAUAAAUUUUGCAAUGAGACCAAAUCACAAAAGGAGCGUAUUGCUCGGGCCACCUUCCAAAACAGGGAAACUGGGUGAAUUUUACGAAGUGCACUGCGUCUAUCAAAAAGAAAGAAUGUCAAAAAUGACUGCAGAACAAAGAAUCGAAGCAAGCGGCUCCCUAGGAUACACCAAGCGUUGCCCUUCUCAAUAUCGAUAACAACUUUUGAAAUUUGAUCAUAGCUAGAUUUUGAAACAGACAUUAUCGUCUUCAUACUCUUUUGUCCAACUCCAAUUCUUCAGUCAACAAUAAGGAGCUACACGCCAAUAUUAGUUGCGUAUGUGGUACAGAGGGAUUUGAUAAAAAGAAUGGAAGAUUUGUACCAUCACAACUUUGCAUAACUAGCAGUAUAAUAUACUGAUGAAUGCCACUGGUGAAAACUUCACAAAGAAGUUUGAGGAAAGAGCACUCACACUGAACGACAGGGCAGGUUGAAGGUGCAAAGUGAUCCGAUUGCGAUUGGGACAUUGAAAGCUUGAUCUUGUGUAUUAUAAGUCUUUUCUCGAAGAUUCAGGCAAGUGGAGUUAGGCAAGGGAAAAUGGGGUAAGUAGACAGAACUAGGGGUCGCAUAAUUUAGAAUGGAGGGAAAAGCCAUUUUAAGAAUUGGUUACUUUAUUUCAUUUUGCAAAUCGAGAUACUGACGACGCUACUUCCUGUCAAGACUUAUGACAGCACGUUCGGUGCUUACGAACAAACUUAUACACUUAUACAAAUGCUACUGUCGUAGACUUUGCUACAAGAGCCAGCCUCAAUGCUACAUUAUUCCGUAUUCCUUUCAUUGAUCAAAUUAAAAGCAUCCUUGCAGUUUAUAUGCACAGUAGACUCCGGCUAUAGUCACACCAAAUGUUCCUUGAAAAUUUGUGACUGUAAACGUAGUGAGACUGUAAACGGACUUACAUUAAAGAUUUGGGUCUAAAUUUUAUGUGACUGCAACCAGAAAUGCGACUUUGAACGGAGUCGACUGUACUUAAGAAAAACUGCGGACAAAUACGAUGAGAGAUUUCAUGAACUUAGCUCAUCACAAGCUACUGCAACCCUCGAAAAAAAUAAUUAAAUUUCCAAAAACCAAAUACCACUUAAGCCAGCUUGAGAGAGCUACGAAUGAAAACAGGCUAAGUUGUUUAACUGUUUUAAUUAAGCAGCUGGCAAAAUUCAGAUCAAUAACAUCUCAUGACAAUUACAAUUACAAAGAGCAUAAAUCAAAUCACUUUAACAAAUUAUGCAGACAACACAAAACCUUGUCACACUUUCUUCCUCACUUUGAUUGGAUCUGCAACUUUUAACGUUUCAUUCAAAAAACUUGAUUCGAACGAGUUUGCGUAAAGAGAACUGGGAAAUGGCAUCGCCUGGGAUGGAAAACGACUCAAUCUUUCUUCAAGUUUGAAUAUCCUCCAACAUUACCUCCGACAUGAAAUUCAACCUUCCGCAAGCAUAGACAACUUUCUUUGAAUAACUUUAUCUUAGCUUAGCAGAAAUUCAUUCAUAAACAGUGCAAUUUUAUUAUUAUUCUUCGGCAUUAUUAGCACUGUAAUUAAAUUCUCUGAAGUUGUUUGCUAUAAAUCAAUGCAGUAACUGAUUAAGAAACAAAACAAAUACGGCAGUUUCAUAACUUAAACAUACAAAUUUAAAGAUUAAGAUUGUGAAUAAUAAUUGUGCAUGAUCUGUCGGUGCACGAAACAUAAUUCCGCAACUUUGCGUUUCUUUUGAGCUUUUUACCGUCACUGGACGGCGAAUUUGCCAAGUGGUUCCGCCAACUGUCCACUUAGUAGCAAAUGGAUAACCAGUGGCAGCAUCAGAGGGUUUCAGGUAGCGUUGAAAGGAAAUGGCCACCCUACUUCAUCAUGUUCUUGGCCCCGGACAAGUGCCCGAUGCGAUGAAUAACUCAAUCUGAGCUUUUGAUUGCAUGAACGAUACCAUAACUUCGAAAUUCAGUUAUGUGAAGACCAGAAAACACAGAAACAUGGGCUUCGCAUGACGUAAAGAGCGGUACAUAUAGACUUCCGGUAAGAAAUGAGUGAAAAUAAGAGAUGCUGGAAGUUAGGUAAUGACUCUGGUUAAGUAACAGGUCUUGAUUUUGGAGGAUCAGCGUGCUGCAAACUACCGAAGUUAUCCUGGAUUACUUCAGCCAGCAGCUCAAUAACUUUACCGGCAGUGAUGGUGAUUCUAGACAGGGUGCACUAGCUGCUAAGUACCUUUUUAGCAAGCAAUAAACUUUACCGAUGAUUAGCUUUUGGCUCAGCCAGCACCAUGACAUGUUCUACAAUUAGUUAGGCGGAUAUCCUUUCGGUGCAUGCCAUGCCCGCCGUUUUUACGUAAAACGCGCAAACAAAUAUGAAGGUAGUUCAAUUUUUUAGAUUUUUUCAGAGCCUAUUUAUAACGCAACUGCAAGCUGUUACAGGCUAAAACCAGAGACAAAGGGGCCCGAAAGGCUGCAACCCCUCCCCUCGCUGAUCAGGCAAAAUUCAAGCUCAAAUUGGGCAGCAUUGAAGCAUUCUUUCUCGAUGAAGCAAUAAAAUACAAGCAAGGUGCAAACUAAGCCCCUCCCCCAAAAAAAUAAUUAGCAUUCGCUAAGCCCAUGGAUUUCACAAUGUUUAUCCGACUUGAAUAGCCAAAGGUCAUUUGAUAAAUAUCCUUACAUGGAUAUUUUAGUUGCGUUAUGAAAAAGCAGUUUUGAUCAAUUUAUGUUGAUAAUUACCCCGGGUACCAGAACUUUAAAAAUCCUGGGAUAAAGUAUUGUAGACAGCUGCGCCGGCAAAGAAUGAAUGGAUGCGGAUUAGGGGGAUUGCUCCAAAAAGAUUUCUGUGAUUAAAUAAUGGAGACUCUGGUACCCAGGGUAGCUAAUAAUUUGUUUCAAGGAGGUGUUUGUUGAAGAUAGAUCCGAGUCAAUGGGUUUUUUUAACAUACCAAGGUUUUGCGUUAGUUAAACCUUUUUUUAAGUACCACGAUGACGAAUUAGCCUUUCCCCUUAUUCACGGCACGCGCGUUGCAUCCUUCUUCCGAAUGCUUCAUUAUCCCCUGGCCUUUAAGAGAGUUUUAUAAAAACCAGGCACAGGUUCUGUUCUUCGCUUUGUCAAGGACAGGCUUGAGACACCUGUUCCCAGGAUGCAACGCGCGUGCCGUGAAUGUGGGGAAAGGCGAAUUAGGCCAUCUUUGCUACUGACACGUAACAGAACCGGCGCUUUUCUUUCGUAUAAUUUUAGCCUGCUUAAAGACACCUUUGUCUAAAACUGAAUCGAUUGUCGGAAUCGCUCUAGGCUUCCAUAAACCAAGGCCCAUCUACAACAAUAGGGCGUCCGUUGAGAUUUGCCUAAAAUAUUUUAUAAAAUAUUUCUAUUCGCAAUGUGAAACAGAGAAGCCUAACUAUACAUAUAGGUAAAUGUUCCCUUGCCGCUUUUUUGCCUCGCUUCGCGCUUAAACGCAGAAACAAGAGUAUCCACUUGAAAAAUCGAUGCAGAAUUUAGACAAACAAAGCACCUGAAACCGAAAACAAUUGAUUUCAGUGAAUUAUAAAUGCCCGAUUCAUAGUUACUUCAGGCAACGGUCAGCGUCGAAAGUAAGUUUGAUAUAGGAGUAAUUACGGACAUAGAUUUGACGUAAAGCUGUCGAGAUUAGAGGCAGAUAAUUUUGGACAGCUGGAAAAAUUCAGUGUUUUGGAAAGUAUUGUCCACAAACAGACGGACAAAUAAAGAAGGUUAUAUCAAUUGAUAUCGGUCAUAUCACUAAAAGCGGCGAGGAAUGCGGACUAUCUUGAACAAAGCUGCGAAGAAAAUUAAGAUUGCACAAAGAUGAACAUUACAGAUUUGGUUUGCAAAGGUGCUGCUGCCGGUAGGGUGUAACCAAAGUGUGAGAUCUUGAUGCUUUGGGAAAAUUCACAGUAGAGAGAAAUAGCUACUUUGUCCGAAAUACACAAGGGUUUGUAUGUUUGUAUCUUGCUUCUGUAUCAAGCAAAUGUAAGCUCUUUCAAGCUAUUUUCAGUCAUCAGAAAUUGAAUAUUUGAGUACACUGACUUAAUCGAUAGAAGAUAGAAUUUGCCGGGGAAAAGUAUACCGCGAUUCCUAGUUCCGUGAUGAUGAUAAAAGCAGAAAACGGUUGAAUGUAUGAAUGAUUGAUAUUUGCAGUACUGCUGAUGUCUUGUAUUCUCAAACACUGAAUAAAUUUCUGAAUAACAAGCAUUUUCGUAUGCAUGAAUAGGUAAAUGCACUGGGUUCUUUGUUAUGCUGUUAUUUCUGUUGCUGUGUAAAGCAAUAGCGAAACAUGCCGCAAAGCUUGACACAAUUCAUCAAGAGGAGAUUGAGCACGUGAUCGAAACAGAUUGAGAAAAGCAGUACGAAUCACAGUUGCAUGAAUAUUUAUUAGAGUAGACGGAUGUAACGAGGUUGCUGGCAAAGCAAGAGAGGUGAUUUGGGGAAUACCUGAGACAUCUGUAGUCCAGUGGGUUUUCUUUGAUUGGGGUUUCCUACUACAUGGUUAGUUGGCGAAUCACACGAUUCCUGUUUGUCAAUGCAGUUAACGGCAUCUCCGCCAAUUAGAGACAGUUUGUGAACAAAGAAGGUGAAAAGGAACAAGAUUACACUGAUGCCUAAACUCUGGGCUAAUGAAUACUACAACAAAUAGUUCAGCUGUUGCUAUCAGCCUUGGAAUCGCUGAUAGAUAUGUGAACGGAGCCUUUUACGUCUUAUUUGGUCUUCUAGGCAUAACUGGAAAUAUAGGCGUGCUAGUGGCUAUCUCGACAUCACGUGUGCACCGUCGAAGAAUGUCAGGCCUAUUCUUAUUAAACCUUGCCAUUGCUGACUUCUUAGUUUGCUCGAUUGCGACUCCGUACAGCAUCAUUGGGGUGAUACUAACCCCCGAUCUACCGAGCGACCAUGAUCCUCUAAAAUCUGAAUAUAAUUCAGUAUGUAAAUUAGCAAUGUUCUUCACAUAUUUCACUGGCUUCCUGAGGAUACUGUCCCUUGCAGCGAUGUCAGUUGAUAGAUACCUUGCGAUCAAUCACCCAUACUUUUACUCUCGAUAUUGCAAUGAGGACGUCUCUAAAACACGACGUUUCUUGGCCGUUGCUUCCCUGUGGUUAGUGGGAUUUGUAUCGAUGAUACCAGCACUGAUCAGCGAUAAAAUGAUUGUCUUCUUUGGAUAUAACGGACGACUAUGUGGUGUUCUGUGGUCCGAAAGCACGUUUAGCUACGUAGCCAUCACCAUGUUUAUAAACGUUAUCUUACCAGCGAUCGUUAUCAUCUUCACAAACUGCAAAGUGUUCUGGCUCGCCCGCAAACAGGUAGUCAGAGAGAGAAUAAAAAAACAUGGGCCUAGACGCUCUUUCAGCCUGGCUAUUCGCUUGCGUAAAGACAGCAAGAAAGUCAAAGCUUCGGCCAGUGAGGAAAAGAAUUUCGGGAACAAUGUGACAGAAAUGGAUGAAAUUCACCUAGGCGCUGAUGACAAAAGGUUGACCGUCGUAAAAGCAGGUAGCUGUCGAAGGUUUACCGACAGUACAAGCACAAUGAAGAAGCUAGACUCUGCGCUGAAAUCUAACCAAGCAUUGAAAGCAGAUGCCGAGCAAACUAGAAAUGAAGGGAACAUCUCGACUGAAAGGAGGACAACCAAUUUCAUAAGUCUGAGACAAAGCUCUUGUCAAAUUUCACCUUAUGAAAACCGAAGUACUUCGAUUGCAGUAGACGGCAAUGCAGAAGUCAAAAGCCGGAAAAAGGAUAAAAAAGACGAAAAAAGAAGGUCAUCAUCUGACUGGGAAAUCGCUCUGUCAACCCUCUCUUUGGUUUUGUUCUAUUUCAUAAGCUAUCUACCAUUUGCAGUGACAAGAUUCCUCACUGCAUCGUCAAAAAGCACCAUAUCGCUGCAAAUGGUGGCAUACACAAUGCUUUUUACCAAUCUAGACAGUGCCAUUAAUCCACUCAUAAUCUUCAAGACAAGACGAGAAUUUCGCAGAAUUUUGAAAAGGAAACUUUGUAGCAGAAAUUCGGUGGACAAUGACGUCUCGGAAUGGGUGUCGAAAAAUAACCAAAGUUGAAACUAACAUGAAAGCAUGACUGCAAGAAGUAAAGAUUGCUCAGUAAUUAGCAUGUAAAGUUAUAUGAUGAUAGUGCAUCAAAUCAGCUUUUGUCGAUUAGCGUAUUGUUAUCUGGUUAAGAAACUUUAGAAAGUAUUAAUGAGCCAAAGGAUAGCCGAGUCAAACUUUGAACAGAGAACAGAGUCUAACUUUGAAUUUUGCAUGGAAGCAGAAUGCAUGACAAUAAGCAUGCCGCCCUAGACUAGACAUCAUAUGUUUAAGAAUGUUACAGAUCAGAUCCUUCUAAAGGAUGUAAAGUUCAUUAAAUUUUUAUCUGUCUGAAAAGUAGAAAAGUAAGUGUAUUCAAAAUAAUGGGCAGUACUGGUGCCGACAUUCAAUGACUUACUUUGAAACAGAGCCGUCAGAUAAAAUUGCGAGUCCAAAUAUUUAUCUACGAAAUUAUGUAAUUUUUCUUUUAACACGUAAAUAAUUCAAGACUUUAAAAGCAAAUCGAUGUUUUUGUUGAGUUUCUAAUUUAUGGCGUUAAAGAGAAGGCAUCAACUAGUUAUGAACAUUAAUAAUCCAUUUACUCUUUUUGUUUAUGUAUGAAGGUAAUUGCACAAUUCGUAAUAGAAACAGCUAGGCGAGAAAGGAAUAACCGGGAGAGCAAUAAUUCGUAACAAAGUAAUUAAACAGAAAGGGAGGGGAGCUGGUGCAAAAAACACAAAUUUUGUGCUAUUACAGGUCAAAACAUGAAAAUUUGCACAAAGAAAGUUUAUGUAACAAAGACAUGAUUAGGCCUUGGACCCACCCAAACCCAAAAAUCACGUGUUUGUAUUUUACAGACCAGAAUCAGUUUUUCAAACCAGGGGUAAAAAACCAUGAUAGAAAACCAAGACAAAAAUUUGAAUUGUAGUUUACGCAUGUAAAUCCGGCAACUAUGCGUCCGGCGACUAUGUGUCCGUCUUAGAACCUUUGAUCAUCAGGAUCUGAACUAUAACUCACAGUAGUAACGCUGCUUUGACAAAACCUGGAAACGAAACUGGGGGCGCUAUUUAAUAAAACCAAAAUCUUCGAUUUGCCUCAAAUCAAAUAAAAAAUGAUAUAUCUGGAAUCUUAGUCUAGAGUAUUUCACUUCCUCAUUUAAAGGCGUUUAGUUGUAUGCAAUACAAUUAAAUCUUAGUCAAAGUAUAAAGUUUAAACUAGAUUUUAGGUAUAAAUGUUGUAGGGUUUGUUCCUUGUACACUGCAGUACACCUUUAAGUUAACAAGUAUACACAAGUAUAAAGAAAAAGAAACAAAAAUAAGUUAAUAUGUACAUCGAAGAUUCAAGUAAUGCAAAAUUUAUGGUAAUUUAGUCACCCACCGGAAGAAGGAGUUUGAACACUCAAACGGCAAAACUUUUUUUACUCAGGAAUUAUGAAUAGAUUAGCACCAUUUUCUGUUUUACAACAAGCAAUAUGUAAAUAAACAAGGAGGGCUGGAGUUGAUUGAACACUGAGUAUCACGAGGCCACUGUUAACAGACUGAAAUCAGCGUGGGUACAAUGGCCAUUGCCAAUGAAAGCGUUUGCACCGACCGUUAACUAAGUGUUUUAUUAAUCUUGAAGAAACAUGUAUUGUUCUGCCUUUCUAGUCUCAAAAGACGGUAUGUUCACGUAUUUAGAUUUGAGCUUAUAAAUAGUUAUAAAUGUAAGAAACAAAUUUUUAGAACAAUAGUACAAUUGUUGUAAUAUCGAUGAUUAUGGUGUAAUGUGAAGAGACAACAUCGUGAAAACUAACAAUAAAUUUAUUUUAUUGUGUAUAAUAUUCUUGUUAGCUAUGUGCAUUCAUGGUAGAUUUUAAAGACACCAGCCCAACAGGUACUUUGCGAAAUGUACUAUGUCGUCUGAACUCUGAAUAAAGAUUAUGGCAUAAAUGAUAUGAGUAGACUCUAAAAGACUCGCUGACGAAAUUUCUUUUAGAGUUGUGACUAACUGUCGAGAAAUACAAUAACAGGAAAAAUUCACAAGAAGAUCCACUAAAAUUUUUAUGAUAUGAAGAGUUCUGACAUCAUUAGGUAUUGGUAAAAGACAUAAAAUAUAAUGAAGAUCAGAUAAGCUGUAGAUUCAGAAAAUUGUAGGAAACUGGUAUGGAAAGGAGGAUAUUUUCCUCUAUUUCAAAGCACGACGAAAUCACAGUGAGAUUCAGUUCCUCUUUGGAGAUCACAAAACCCCAAUGACGCAAAGGAUACCUUUAAUUGUAAACAAAACACAAGGACAAGCGAGAUAAGAAACCAUGGUUUCUUGUAACAACGGCUAAUGAUAAGAUAACUAACCAGCGUACGCAGUUGUGUAACUCAAACAAAAGCAGGACAUGUUUUAAUUAAGGAUUAUUUUAGAUAUUAUUGAUAACCAAAGGCAGCACCACAACAAAAGAUCAACAUCAGGCAUCAAUGACAUGCAACUUCAGUACCUCCAUAUCUAGCGACAUCAUGCCAAAUUUGCUAGGUAUCAGAUUUAUAUGCAAUGAACAUAUCUAAUCUAUGCUUAUUCUUUAUGACUGAUGGAGACAGGCAUAAACCAGUUGAGGCAUAAUAAAAAUAGGACAGAACGCUGGCUGAUGACUGAUAAUCAAUAUAGCAACCAGCAUAUCAAUACAUCAAACAAAUAAAUACUUUGCAUGCCGUAUUCAUCAUAUCUAUUGACAAGUAUUUCAGCAAAACGCAAAACAUCUGCCUACAGCUAUAAAAAACAGUUUACAGACAACUAUACCAAUAGACCAUUGACGUCAGAUCGUCCGGGAAAUCGACAAGGGAGUUCUUUAUUAGAUAUGCUGAUAGCAGCCUCUUUCGCAUUAAUAAACAGCGGUUUGCUGGCAAAGCAAGAGCAAGCAUGUAUGCCGUAAUUUGGUCCAAGGGUUUCUCAAUUUUGCUUAACUUCUCGAAUGAUUAUAGUUAAAGGCACGAAAUUACUAUCAAAAAGUGAUUGACAAACCCUAAUGCAAAUCUUUAAAAACGAGGCAAAUAUUGCGUGGUGGAAAAGCUUUCUAUUAUUGCAAAAAUUGGAAAUUUCACACGGAAUUCCAGCAUUCAUUUUCGUACCAACGUGUCUCAUUUGUGUCACUAAGCAGCGUUCGUACAUCAAUUUCAUUUAUGUCAAAUAUCUUCUCUCAGUAACUUUACUAACAGCCAUCCCCAAAAUACAGAAGCAACUAAAUUCUGAUAAGAAUGAUUUUUUUUCGCAAACCAUUGAAAUUCAAGAGUGAAGGUGAUUGAGUGAUAGUGACACAGUGAUAGUGACAGUGAUAGAGUGAUAGUGGCAAAGUGAUAUUGAAAGAGUAAAAGUGAUAGAAUGAUUGUGACACAGUGAGGGCGAGAGAGUGAUAGUGACAGAGUGAUAGUGUUAAAGUGAAAGUGAUAGAGAAAAAGUGAUAAAGUGAUAGUGAUAAAGCGAAAGUCAUAGAGUGAUAGUGAUAGAAUGAAAGUGAUAGGUUGAUAGUGAUAGAGUGAUUGUGAGAAAUUUAAAGUCAUAGAGUAAGGCUGAUAGAGUGAUAGUGAUAGAGUUUAGAUCCCAGAGUGAUAGCAGCUAAUCAAACUGGCUCUAACUGUUAUAAAAUGCUGAUAUCGCUAUACCACUAAAAACAUAUAGCUAAUCUUUGAUCCAAAGCAGAAAAUGAUGAGCAGCAAAUGAUAUUAUGAGGCAUAUCAAGCGAGGAUUGUAAGACUAAAGCAGUGUUCGACACUCUUACCAAGAGAGGAUUGGAUUGGUGUUUUGAAACAACAAAAGCAAAUCUUUGCUUUCAAGGCCAUACUGGGAGGUAUAUGACACAAACUGCAUACAAAAAACAAAGCAAAAGUUCUCUAACCUUUAUAUCUACGUCCUCGUCUGACUCCAAAUCUUCAAGAUCGUCAUCCAAUGCACUUUUCUGCAAUAAACACAAUUUAGCAUUAAGUGAAGAUAAUGAAAAAAAACACUAGAAUUAUAACGACGAUUGCAGAUAGGAAAAGUAUGGCAAUUCUAGUCUUGCCGUACUCAAGCUUCAUGACACAAUACUGUCGGCCUAGCAAUUUGCAAUAAGACAAAUAAGAUAGCUGGCAGCAGUAUAAUUACAAAACAAACUGCCGAUAUAGGACAUUUAGAGCUUGGAAAUUAAGUAUACUUGAUAUUAAGGAUACUUACAAUAUCACGAGGAAAA